AUGUCAGUGAAAUCUCUGCAAAUAAGUAACACAACCUCAUCUUCUGUGUCUCUGACGUGGAGUACACCUGAUGGAAAUCAGACGUCUUACAGCUACAGAAUCCAGACCAAUCUCACCUCAUCAUCAGUAAUGAUAAAUGAUACAAUAGUGGGAAGUGAAUCAGCGACAAUAAUGAAUCUGACGGCAGGAGAAACCUAUACAUUCAUGGUGUAUACGAGAGCUGCCGAUGACAUCACUGAAUCAGACCUGGUGUCACUAACUACCUGCACAGUUCCCGGACAAGUUUCCAGCCUUUCACUGACCAAUUACAAGUCGGUUGAUUUUCUUGGAGCCACAUGGACAAAAUCAGCAGGAAAAGUGGAUAAUUAUACCGUCAGUCUAACAGGAGCCGUGAAUAAGACAAUACCAGCUAGUACUACACAAGUGAAUUUCACAGGAUUACUGCCCGGAAGAGCAUAUACUGUCACUGUACAGACAGUCAGUGGGAGCUGCAGCCAGACGUCUGCUCCAGUGACAGAGGCCACAUAUCCAACCAGUCCUGCAAAUUUUGCCUCAAAUGCAGUAGAUACAACCAACCUGACGUUAUCUUGGUCAGAGCCUAUAAAUAUGUCUGAUGUGAAUAAGUCCUACAAUAUAAGCUAUGGGAAUUCUUCAGCCACUUGGACUUCGACAAGUACUACAACAAGUGUCACCCUUCAGAACCUGACAUCAGGGACUAAUUACAGCAUUACUGUGGUCACAGUCGGAGUCCGGGGGUAUCAGAGUUCACCUGUGAGCACGUCUGUCUAUACAAAACCGAUGUCAGUAAAUUCUCUGCAGAUCAGUAAUGUGACCUCAUCUUCUGUGUCUCUGACGUGGAGUAAACCUGAUGAGUAUCAGACGUCUUACAGCUACAGAGUCCAGACCAAUGUCACCUCAUCAUCAGUAAUGAUAAAUGAUACAAUAGUGAGAAGUGAAUCAGCGACAAUAAUGAAUCUGACAGCAGGAGAAACCUAUACAUUCAUGGUGUAUACAAGAGCUGCCGAUGACAUCACUGAAUCGGACCCGGUGUCACUAUCCACCUGCACAGCUCCUGGACAAGUUUCCAGCCUCUCACUGAGCAAUUACAAGUCGGUUGAUUUUCUUGGAGCCACAUGGACAAAAUCAGCAGGAAAAGUGGAUAAUUAUACCGUCAGUCUAACAGGAGCCGUGAAUAAGACAAUAACAACUAGUACUACACAAGUGAAUUUCACAGGAUUACUGCCCGACAGAGAAUAUACAGUCACCGUACAGACAGUCAGUGGGAGCUGCAGCCAGAUGUCUGCUCCAGUGACAGAGGCCACAUGUGAGUAUCAUCAGGAUCUGCUCAACGGUCCAACCCAACCUGGAAAGUUAUCCUUUAUCAGCAUCAGAACUAAGAAUUUGACCUUAUCUUGGACAGAGGCAGUAAAUAUAAACGGUGUGACUAAGUCAUAUAAUAUAAGCUAUGGGAUGUUCCCAUCAACUAACAUAACUGUGACGAGCAACGCAACAAAUGUCACCCUUCAGAAGCUGACCUCAGGGACUAAUUACAGCAUUACUGUGGUCACAGUCGGAGUCCGGGGGUAUCCGAGUUCUCCUGUCAGCACAUCUGUCUAUACAAAACCGAUGUCGGUAAAUUCUCCGCAGAUCAGUAAUGUGACCUCGUCUUCUGUGUCUCUGACGUGGAGUAAACCUGAUGAGUAUCAGACGUCUUACAGCUACAGAGUCCAGACCAAUCUCACCUCAUCAUCAGUAAUGAUAAAUGAUACAAUAGUGAGAAGUGAAUCAGCGACAAUAAUGAAUCUGACGGCAGGAGAAACAUAUACAAUUAUGGUGUAUACGAGAGCUACCGAUGACAUCACUGAAUCAGACCCGGUGUCACUAACUAUCUGCAUAGUUCCUGGACAAGUUUCCAGCCUCUCACUGAACAAUUACAAGUCGGUUGAUUUUCUCGGAGCCACAUGGACAAAACCAGCAGGAAAAGUGGAUAAUUAUACCGUCAGUCUAACAGGAGCCGUGAAUAAGACAAUACCAGCUAGUACUACACAAGUGAAUUUCACAGGAUUACUGCCCGGAAGUGAAUAUACAGUCACUGUACAGACAGUCAGUGAGACCUGCAGCCAGAUGUCUGCACCAGUGACAGAGGCCACAUAUCCAACCCAACCUGGAAAGUUAUCCCUUAUCAGCAUCGAAACUAAGAAUCUGACGUUAUCAUGGACAGAGCCAGUAAAUAUGACCGGUUUGACUAAGUCAUAUAAUAUAAGCUAUGGGAUGUUCCCAUCAACUAAUAUAACUGUGACGAGCAACGCAACAAAUGUCACCCUUCAGAACCUGACCUCAGGGACUAAUUACAGCAUUACUGUGGUCACAGUCGGAGUCCGGGGGUAUCCGAGUUCACCUGUCAGAACAUCUGUCCAAACAAAACCGAUGUCGGUAAAUUCUCUGCAGAUCAGUGAUGUGACCUCAUCUUCUGUGUCUCUGACUUGGAGUAAACCUGAUGAGUAUCAAACGUCUUACAGCUACAGAGUCCAGACCAAUCUCACCUCAUCAUCAGUAAUGAUAAAUGAUACAAUAGUGAGAAAUGAAUCAGCGACAAUAAUGAAUCUGACAGCAGGAGAAACAUAUAAAUUCAUGGUGUAUACCAGAGCUGCCGAUGGCAUCACUGAAUCAAAACCGGCGUCACAAUCUACCUGCACAACUCCUGAAAAAGUUUCCAGCCUCUCACUGAACAAUUACAAGUCGGUUGAUUUUCUUGGAGCAACAUGGAAUAAACCAGAAGGAAAAGUGGAUAAUUAUACCGUCAGUCUAACAGGAGCUGUGAAUAAGACAAUACCAACGAUAACUACACAAGUAAAUUUCACUGGAUUACUGCCCGGAAGAGAUUAUACAGUCACUGUACAGACAGUCAGUGAGAACUGCAGCCAGAUGUCUUUUCCAGUGACAGAGGCCACAUAUCCAACCCAACCUGGAAAGUUAUCCCUUAUCAGCAUCGAAACUAAGAAUCUAACGUUAUCUUGGACAGAGCCAGUAAAUAUGACCGGUUUGACUAAGUCAUAUAAUAUAAGCUAUGGGAUGUUCCCAUCAACUAAUAUAACUGUGACGAGCAACGCAACAAACGUCACCCUUCAGAACCUGACCUCAGGGACUAAUUACAGCAUUACUGUGGUCACAGUCGGAGUCCGGGGGUAUCCGAGUUCACCUGUCAGAACAUCUGUCCAAACAAAACCAAUGUCGGUAAAUUCUCUGCAGAUCAGUGAUGUGACCUCAUCUUCUGUGUCUCUGACUUGGAGUAAACCUGAUGAGUAUCAGACGUCUUACAGCUACAGGGUCCAGACCAAUCUCACCUCAUCAUCAGUAAUGAUAAAUGAUACAAUAGUGAGAAAUGAAUCAGCGACAAUAAUGAAUCUGACAGCAGGAGAAACAUAUAAAUUCAUGGUGUAUACCAGAGCUGCCGAUGGCAUCACUGAAUCAAAACCGGCGUCACAAUCUACCUGCACAACUCCUGGAAAAGUUUCCAGCCUCUCACUGAACAAUUACAAGUCGGUUGAUUUUCUUGGAGCAACAUGGAAUAAACCAGAAGGAAAAGUGGAUAAUUAUACCGUCAGUCUAACAGGAGCUGUGAAUAAGACAAUACCAACUAUAACUACACAAGUAAAUUUCACUGGAUUACUGCCCGGAAGAGAUUAUACAGUCAAUGUACAGACAGUCAGUGAGAACUGCAGCCAGAUGUCUUUUCCAGUGACAGAGGCCACAUAUCCAACCCAACCUGGAAAGUUAUCCCUUAUCAGCAUCGAAACUAAGAAUCUGACGUUAUCUUGGACAGAGCCAGUAAAUAUGUCCGGUGUGACUAAGUCAUAUAAUAUAAGCUAUGGGAUGUUCCCAUCAACUAAUAUAACUGUGACGAGCAACGCAACAAACGUCACCCUUCAGAACCUGACCUCAGGGACUAAUUACAGCAUUACUGUGGUCACAGUCGGAGUCCGGGGGUAUCCGAGUUCACCUGUCAGAACAUCUGUCCAAACAAAACCGAUGUCGGUAAAUUCUCUGCAGAUCAGUGAUGUGACCUCAUCUUCUGUGUCUCUGACUUGGAGUAAACCUGAUGAGUAUCAAACGUCUUACAGCUACAGAGUCCAGACCAAUCUCACCUCACCAUCAGUAAUGAUAAAUGAUACAAUAGUGAGAAGUGAAUCAGCGACAAUAAUGAAUCUGACAGCAGGAGAAACAUAUAAAUUCAUGGUGUAUACCAGAGCUGCCGAUGGCAUCACUGAAUCAAAACCGGCGUCACAAUCUACCUGCACAACUCCUGAAAAAGUUUCCAGCCUCUCACUGAACAAUUACAAGUCGGUUGAUUUUCUUGGAGCAACAUGGAAUAAACCAGAAGGAAAAGUAGAUAAUUAUACCGUCCGUCUAACAGGAGCUGUGAAUAAGACAAUACCAACUAUAACUACACAAGUAAAUUUCACUGGAUUACUGCCCGGAAGAGAUUAUACAGUCACUGUACAGACAGUCAGUGAGAACUUCAGCCAGAUGUCUUUUCCAGUGACAGAGGCCACAUGUGAGUAUGAUCAGGAUCUGCUUAAUGAUCCAACCCAACCUGGAAAGUUAUCCCUUAUCAGCAUCGAAACUAAGAAUCUGACGUUAUCUUGGACAGAGCCAGUAAAUAUGACCGGUUUGACUAAGUCAUAUAAUAUAAGCUAUGGGAUGUUCCCAUCAACUAAUAUAACUGUGACGAGCAACGCAACAAACGUCACCCUUCAGAACCUGACCUCAGGGACUAAUUACAGCAUUACUGUGGUCACAGUCGGAGUCCGGGGGUAUCCGAGUUCACCUGUCAGAACAUCUGUCCAAACAAAACCGAUGUCGGUAAAUUCUCUGCAGAUCAGUGAUGUGACCUCAUCUUCUGUGUCUCUGACUUGGAGUAAACCUGAUGAGUAUCAAACGUCUUACAGCUACAGAGUCCAGACCAAUCUCACCUCACCAUCAGAAAUGAUAAAUGAUACAAUAGUGAGAAGUGAAUCAGCGACAAUAAUGAAUCUGACAGCAGGAGAAACAUAUAAAUUCAUGGUGUAUACCAGAGCUGCCGAUGGCAUCACUGAAUCAAAACCGGCGUCACAAUCUACCUGCACAACUCCUGAAAAAGUUUCCAGCCUCUCACUGAACAAUUACAAGUCGGUUGAUUUUCUUGGAGCAACAUGGAAUAAACCAGAAGGAAAAGUAGAUAAUUAUACCGUCCGUCUAACAGGAGCUGUGAAUAAGACAAUACCAAUUAUAACUACACAAGUAAAUUUCACUGGAUUACUGCCCGGAAGAGAUUAUACAGUCACUGUACAGACAGUCAGUGAGAACUGCAGCCAGAUGUCUUUUCCAGUGACAGAGGCCACAUAUCCAACCCAACCUGGAAAGUUAUCCCUUAUCAGCAUCGAAACUAAGAAUCUGACGUUAUCUUGGACAGAGCCAGUAAAUAUGACCGGUUUGACUAAGUCAUAUAAUAUAAGCUAUGGGAUGUUCCCAUCAACUAAUAUAACUGUGACGAGCAACGCAACAAACGUCACCCUUCAGAACCUGACCUCAGGGACUAAUUACAGCAUUACUGUGGUCACAGUCGGAGUCCGGGGGUAUCCGAGUUCACCUGUCAGAACAUCUGUCCAAACAAAACCGAUGUCGGUAAAUUCUCUGCAGAUCAGUGAUGUGACCUCAUCUUCUGUGUCUCUGACUUGGAGUAAACCUGAUGAGUAUCAGACGUCUUACAGCUACAGGGUCCAGACCAAUGUCACCUCACCAUCAGAAAUGAUAAAUGAUACAAUAGUGAGAAGUGAAUCAGCGACAAUAAUGAAUCUGACAGCAGGAGAAACAUAUAAAUUCAUGGUGUAUACGAGAGCUGCCGAUGGCAUCACUGAAUCAAAACCGGCGUCACAAUCUACCUGCACAACUCCUGAAAAAGUUUCCAGCCUCUCACUGAACAAUUACAAGUCGGUUGAUUUUCUUGGAGCAACAUGGAAUAAACCAGAAGGAAAAGUGGAUAAUUAUACCGUCAGUCUAACAGGAGCUGUGAAUAAGACAAUACCAACGAUAACUACACAAGUAAAUUUCACUGGAUUACUGCCCGGAAGAGAUUAUACAGUCACUGUACAGACAGUCAGUGAGAACUGCAGCCAGAUGUCUUUUCCAGUGACAGAGGCCACAUAUUCAACCCAACCUGGAAAGUUAUCCCUUAUCAGCAUCGAAACUAAGAAUCUGACGUUAUCUUGGACAGAGCCAGUAAAUAUGACCGGUUUGACUAAGUCAUAUAAUAUAAGCUAUGGGAUGUUCCCAUCAACUAAUAUAACUGUGACGAGCAACGCAACAAACGUCACCCUUCAGAACCUGACCUCAGGGACUAAUUACAGCAUUACUGUGGUCACAGUCGGAGUCCGGGGGUAUCCGAGUUCACCUGUCAGAACAUCUGUCCAAACAAAACCGAUGUCGGUAAAUUCUCUGCAGAUCAGUGAUGUGACCUCAUCUUCUGUGUCUCUGACUUGGAGUAAACCUGAUGAGUAUCAGACGUCUUACAGCUACAGGGUCCAGACCAAUGUCACCUCACCAUCAGAAAUGAUAAAUGAUACAAUAGUGAGAAGUGAAUCAGCGACAAUAAUGAAUCUGACAGCAGGAGAAACAUAUAAAUUCAUGGUGUAUACCAGAGCUGCCGAUGGCAUCACUGAAUCAAAACCGGCGUCACAAUCUACCUGCACAACUCCUGAAAAAGUUUCCAGCCUCUCACUGAACAAUUACAAGUCGGUUGAUUUUCUUGGAGCAACAUGGAAUAAACCAGAAGGAAAAGUGGAUAAUUAUACCGUCCAUCUAACAGGAGCUGUGAAUAAGACAAUACCAAUUAUAACUACACAAGUAAAUUUCACUGGAUUACUGCCCGGAAGAGAUUAUACAGUCACUGUACAGACAGUCAGUGGGAGCUGCAGCCAGAUGUCUUUUCCAGUGACAGAGGCCACAUAUCCAACCCAACCUGGAAAGUUAUCCCUUAUCAGCAUCGAAACUAAGAAUCUGACGUUAUCAUGGACAGAGCCAGUAAAUAUGACCGGUUUGACUAAGUCAUAUAAUAUAAGCUAUGGGAUGUUCCCAUCAACUAAUAUAACUGUGACGAGCAACGCAACAAAUGUCACCCUUCAGAACCUGACCUCAGGGACUAAUUACAGCAUUACUGUGGUCACAGUCGGAGUCCGGGGGUAUCCGAGUUCACCUGUCAGAACAUCUGUCCAAACAAAACCGAUGUCGGUAAAUUCUCUGCAGAUCAGUGAUGUGACCUCGUCUUCUGUGUCUCUGACUUGGAGUAAACCUGAUGAGUAUCAGACGUCUUACAGCUACAGGGUCCAGACCAAUGUCACCUCACCAUCAGAAAUGAUAAAUGAUACAAUAGUGAGAAAUGAAUCAGCGACAAUAAUGAAUCUGACAGCAGGAGAAACAUAUAAAUUCAUGGUGUAUACCAGAGCUGCCGAUGGCAUCACUGAAUCAAAACCGGCGUCACAAUCUACCUGCACAACUCCUGGACAAGUUUCCAGCCUCUCACUGAACAAUUACAAGUCGGUUGAUUUUCUUGGAGCAACAUGGAAUAAACCAGAAGGAAAAGUGGAUAAUUAUACCGUCAGUCUAACAGGAGCUGUGAAUAAGACAAUACCAACUAUAACUACACAAGUAAAUUUCACUGGAUUACUGCCCGGAAGAGAUUAUACAGUCAAUGUACAGACAGUCAGUGAGAACUGCAGCCAGAUGUCUUUUCCAGUGACAGAGGCCACAUAUCCAACCCAACCUGGAAAGUUAUCCCUUAUCAGCAUCGAAACUAAGAAUCUGACGUUAUCUUGGACAGAGCCAGUAAAUAUGUCCGGUGUGACUAAGUCAUAUAAUAUAAGCUAUGGGAUGUUCCCAUCAACUAAUAUAACUGUGACGAGCAACGCAACAAACGUCACCCUUCAGAACCUGACCUCAGGGACUAAUUACAGCAUUACUGUGGUCACAGUCGGAGUCCGGGGGUAUCCGAGUUCACCUGUCAGAACAUCUGUCCAAACAAAACCGAUGUCGGUAAAUUCUCUGCAGAUCGGUGAUGUGACCUCGUCUUCUGUGUCUCUGACUUGGAGUAAACCUGAUGAGUAUCAGACGUCUUACAGCUACAGAGUCCAGACCCAUCUCACCUCACCAUCAGAAAUGAUAAAUGAUACAAUAGUGAGAAGUGAAUCAGCGACAAUAAUGAAUCUGACAGCAGGAGAAACAUAUAAAUUCAUGGUGUAUACCAGAGCUGCCGAUGGCAUCACUGAAUCAAAACCGGCGUCACAAUCUACCUGCACAACUCCUGGACAAGUUUCCAGCCUCUCACUGAACAAUUACAAGUCGGUUGAUUUUCUUGGAGCAACAUGGAAAAAACCUGAAGGAAAAGUGGAUAAUUAUACCGUCAGUCUAACAGGAGCUGUGAAUAAGACAAUACCAACUAUAACUACACAAGUGAAUUUCAUAGGAUUACUGCCCGGAAGAGAAUAUACAGUCACCGUACAGACAGUCAGUGAGAACUGCAGCCAGAUGUCUUUUCCAGUGACAGAGGCCACAUGUGAGUAUGAUCAGGAUCUGCUUAAUGAUCCAACCCAACCUGGAAAGUUAUCCCUUAUCAGCAUUGAAACUAAGAAUCUGACGUUAUCUUGGACAGAGCCAGUAUAUAUGACCGGUGUGACUAAGUCAUAUAAUAUAAGCUAUGGGAUGUUCCCAUCAACUAACAUAACUGUGACCAGCAACGCAACAAAUGUCACCCUUCAGAACCUGAAAUCAGGGACUAAUUACAUCAUUACUGUGGUCACAGUUGGAGUCCGGGGGUUUGGGAAACAGAGUUUCCCAGCCUCUCUGUUAUCCCGGGGGGCAAGGCUGGUGUCGGAUUCCCUCACCGCUCAACCUCCCCAUAGAAGCAAAGGAGGAGCCAGGGUAGCCCAGUUCCCCUGCUUCCCGCCAGCCAAAGGGUCACCUAAGGCCGCCAGAAUGCAAGACCCUUCCGCCAUUCCAGACUCCUGCCACUCCGGUGCCAGCUGCCGAGGAGGUGACCCUGCUGGAACACGUGACCCUGCGGGUCCACUUAGGGAGGGUGAAGAGAAGAGGAUGAAAAUGGGGCCAGACCUCAGCAGCUACAGGCCGGUAGCACUGACCUCACACUUGAUGAAGACCUUCAAGAGGCUGGUUCUUAACCAUCUUCGCCCCCUGGUGAGGUCUUCAUUAGAUCCACUGCAGUUUGCCUACCAGCCUGGCAUCAGGUUGGAUGAUGCCAUCAUCUACCUCCUACACCGAGCUCUAACUUACCUGGAGAGGCCUAGAAGCACUGUGAGGAUCAUGUUUUUAUAUUUCUCCAGUGCUUUUACCACCAUCCAACCUGGACUUCCGAGGGACAAGCUGGAGAUGGCAGGAGUGGACCACCACAUGUCACAUUGGAUACUUGACUACCUCACAGAACACCCACAGUUUGUUAAAUCUCAGGGUUGUGUCUCUGACAAGCUGAUCUGCAGUACAGAGGCACCACAGGGAACGGUGCUGGCACCGUUCCUCUUCACCCUCUACACUGCAGACUUCUCCAUCAACUCCCCAGGCUGCCACCUACAAAAGCUCUCUGAUGACUCUGCCAUAGUCAGCCUUAUUACAGGUGAGGACGACUUAGAGUACAGACAGGGGACACAGGAUUAUGUGGAUUGGUGUCAGUGGAACCAGCUGCAGAUCAACGCGGGCAAAACCAAGGAGCUGUUGGUGGAUUUCCGCAGACACAGGCCCUCUGCUUUGGUUCCAGUGAAUAUACAGGGAAGGGACAUUGAGGUGGUGGACUCUUAUAAGUACCUGGAACCGAUGUCGGUAAAUUCUCUACAGAUCAGUGAUGUGACCUCAUCUUCUGUGUCUCUGACGUGGAGUAAACCUGAUGAGUAUCAGACGUCUUACAGCUACAGAGUCCAGACCAAUGUCACCUCAUCAGUAUCAAUAAAUGAUACAAGUGUGAAAAAUGAUACAAUAGGGAGAAAUGAAUCAGCGACAAUAAUGAAUCUGACGGCAGGAGAAACCUAUACAUUCAUGGUGUAUACGAGAGCUGCCGAUGACAUCACUGAAUCGGACCUGGUGUCACAAUCUACCUGCACAGUUCCAGAGGCAGCUGAAGACUUCAUUUGUGCUGGUCAAUUAAAUUCAUCCUCUCUCAUUGUCACUUGGACCUGUCCAGGAGGAUUGUAUACCAACUUUACAUUUAUAGCAACCAACAACAACAACUCCGUCCACAAUGAUGUUAAUACUGCUGCGUGCAGUCCUAUUCAGCAAACUUAUAUUAUGCAAGGGUUAAGUUUCAACACAAUCUACAGUGUCAGUUUAACAACUGGGUCUUCAUGUGGCAAAUCCAGUAGGGUGGUGCAGAAGAAUUGCUUAACCGGUAUUGGAUCACCAUCUAACCAGAACAUUGUGGUAGCUAAAAGCAACAAUCCUACCUAUUACUCUUUUCCGUUAACUUUUGAUGAGUUUGAUUCUAAAAACGGAACUAUUAAAGCGUAUGCUCUGAUUGUAUCAAGUGUGAAUGGUGAUGGACCAUCUGCAAAUGAUCUGGUAAAGACCUAUAGUGAUUUCAAGAGUAAGAGCACCAAUGCAUAUGUAGCAUAUAUCAUAAAGGACGAAAAGUUACAGAGGUUGAGUCGAGCAGCUACUAGAACAGCGACUAUCGGAGAUGGCUCUGGCGAAUUACAGCCUUAUCAAAAUGGACCUCUGGAGCCUGCAUCAUCAUACUGGGUUGGCGUUGCAGGUUUUACUUCAUAUGUAGUUGAUGAAAGUGGGAGGAUUAUGCCCAGCAAAUGUUUAUUUGCAAUUUCUAAUUACUAUGGGCCUUUCCAGACAACAGUGAAUCAAGGAAUGAUUGCUGGAGCUGUAGUUGGAACUAUUCUGGGUGUUCUUGCUAUUGGUUUAAUAGCAUUUUUCAUCUGGAAGAUGAGAAGGAAAGGAGAGAAGAAACCUGAUGUCUCAAUGUUACCGUCAUUUAAAUUUUCUCACGCCAUGAGUACGGCUAGUUUUAUUAGUCAUUUUGAGAGGCAGAAAGCUGAUAGUAAUCUGGGAUUUAGUGAAGAGUAUGAGAAAUUAGCACAUGUUGGGGUUGAACAAACUAAAUUAGCAGCCGAUAAUUCAGAGAAUAGACAGAAGAACAGAUACACCAAUGUGUUACCAUAUGAUGUCUCGCGUGUUGUAUUGUCCAGUGCGGAGAACCUCUCAGAAGACUACAUUAAUGCAAACUAUAUUCCUGGUUACAGUUCUCCGAAAGAGUUUAUUGCAGCGCAGGGUCCUCUACCAAAAACUGUCAGUGAUUUCUGGCGCAUGAUAUGGGAAAAAGAUGUUAAAGCUAUUGUCAUGCUGACCAAAUGUGUUGAACUUGGAAAGGUGAAAUGUGAGGAAUAUUGGCCCCAGAAAAGCAGCAAGGUUUAUGGUAACCUGUCUGUGUCCAUAGCGGAUGAAAAUAUUCUACCAGACUGGACAACCAGAGAUUUCAUAUUAGUAAAUGAGCAAAGCAGACAGAGUAAAAAAGUGCGGCAUUUCCACUUUACUGCCUGGCCAGACCAUGGUGUUCCCAGGACAACCAGUGAUCUGAUACAGUUUAGGAAUUUAGUCCGGGAAUACACAGCAAAUUGCUACCCAGUAAAUUCACCUAUACUGGUUCACUGCAGCGCUGGAGUGGGCAGGACGGGCACUUUUAUAGGGCUUGAUCGUAUUAUAAAGCAAAUUGAAACAGAAGCGCGAAUAGAUGUGUAUGGAAUAGUCUAUGAUCUCCGGAUGCAUCGGGUAUUAAUGGUGCAAACUGAAAGCCAGUACAUUUUCUUGAAUCGGUGUGCGCUGGAUAUUAUCAAGGCUCAGAAGGAAACGGAUACAGAUCUAAUUUACCGAAACACAUCAGCGAUCUAUGACACUGUCAGUCCUUAAAUAAAAAGGUCUGACUUUUAGUCAUUAUUCAUGCACUCUUCUCAGAAGACAGGCUCUCGGGACUAGCAGCUUUACAACAAUCACCGGACCAAGAAGGGAAUAGCACUUUGAGUAACUUUAUUUAGUCUUGUUUUUUUUGUCCAAUAUAAUGUAAGAAAUACAAUGUUACCGUUUGUUUUAUGGAAUGUGCUAUUAAAAUCUGCUGGAUAGAUGUAGUACAUCUUAUACUAAAGAGAAAAGUAUGUAAUGUUUUUUACUAGCUAUUGCUCUAGCUAUGUAGAUAUAGGUGUAUAUAUAUAUGUUGCUAGCACAAGGGCUAUAUAUAUAUAUAUACACUGUAUAUAUAUAUAUUUAAAAGUAGUAUAAAAUCCUGCAUUGUAAUAAAACUGCAUAACCAAAAUGCCUAACCCUAACCCUAAUAUUAUACCAGAAGCUUAGACCAAAUUUUUUGGUAAAUUUAUAUUAAAUCGUGUAAACUAUAUGGAAAUAUAUAUAAAAUUUUGUAUAUACUGAAUAAUAAACAUUUAUUAAAGCCUAUAUGAAAGAAAAUAUAGGGGGCCCCCAUAGCAACCAUUACAGUCCUACAGGUUGCUGUGGGCCAAACCUUUUUCCUAUGCACUGAAGUUUCUUUUGUCUUGAAUGUAAAUGAUAUAUUUGUAUCCUGUGGAGUCUACAAAAGGGAUAUUUUCCUAUAUGAAUCUGUUUUUCUUUUUUUUGUAGAGCACUGCAGUUCCAGGGAGUCUGUCUAACAAUGACACUAGCCAAUCUAUACAAACAGUGAUAUCAUUAUUGUAUCUUAAAUCCAUGGAAGGUUUAUACAGAUUUACUGGAUUUAUUUAAAGUUGCAGAAGAUUUUACUCAGGGUAUUUUUGCACUGAACUCAUGUAAUUUAUAGAAUAGAUAAGUUUUACAUUGUUGUAUAUGUACUGUAUAUAUGAGACAAAAAGGACUUUCCUAUUUUUUAUUUGUACAAAGAAGGUGCCAUAUAGGGAAUUUAGCUCUUUCAGGUUGCCCCUGUGGUCUAUGAAAAAGCCACUUGAGACUUAACAGGGCCAGUUCACUUUAGUAUGUCGUACAGUACUUCAUAUUCUUAUAUUCAUUUUAUAAAACAUGGAAAACAAACAAUAUUUGCCAUUAGGGAUGAGCGAAUCGACUUCGGAUUAAACAUCCUAAG